CUGAGCUUCACAUAAACUGGAGCAGAGGAGGUGCUUGAACGCGCAGCUUAUUCUGGCUGCUGGUCCGUUGAUGUUUAAACAGAUUUCAGUAAAAUCAAAGAGCAUAGAUUUUCCAAAGCAAAUGUAACACUCUUCCCUUUCACAUCUUACCUAACCGGAGUGAUUAAGUGACCUGAGAUGCCGCUAUCAGCUGUGCUGGUGCCGCUACUCUACAUGUUAUCUGCUUGGCACGCUAAUGCCAAUGAGGACUGCCUGUGGUACGUGGACAGAAAUGGGACGUGGCACAAUGGCUUUGACUGCCCACUCAUCACUUUCUGCUGUGGAAACUGCCACCAUCGAUACUGCUGUCCGGAUAGAAUGAAGAUGAUCACAGAAAGUGGACAGAAACGCUGCAUGCUCUUUCAUCUCAGUCCCUCCACUAUAGCAGGUAUUGCUUCAUCCAUCCUACUAUUUGUGGCUGCCAUUGCCACCAUGGUCUGUUGCUUUAUGUGCUCUUGCUGCUACCUGUAUCAACGGCAUAGGCAACAUGGCAGGAUCUCUUAUGAUUCCCAGCAGAUUCCUAUGGCCAGCUACCCUGUGGGACCAAUGUAUGAUGCUUAUGGUAAACCUAUUGGAAGUUUUGAGUACCCUGGAUAUGCAAUGGCAUCUCAGUAUCCAGGUUUGCCUCAGCAGUGUCCCAGCUUCCCUCAGGUGCCAUACCCACCAGGUCUUCCUCCCAAUCCAGGGCCCAGCCAAGGAGCACCUCCACCAUAUUCUGCUUCAUAGCAUCCAGAACACUGGCCACUGAGAGAUCCUCCAGGAAUGGGAGCAUAAAAUGUGUUUGUGGUAUGGGGCCCUGUUCUUGAGAAAUGAUUUGCAUCACUUUAUAAAAUCAUAUUUAUUGUAUUUAUUUCUCAAAUGAUCUUUAGGGUGAAGCAUGAAUGGUCUGGUUUUGCCUGUUAUUGUUUGCCUGAAGUAUAGAGAUGUUUCAUGUUACUGACUGGUGAAACUGGAUUCAGUUAAAAUCAUUCAAGCUAACUGUCUGUAUAUAUUAUAACAAUGGUACAUUACCAUUUAAAAAUGUAUUGGAGUUAGCAAAAGAAUUAACAGACAGAUUCAGGGUUUGGUUCAAGCUAUGUGUCUUAUUUUAUAUUUGUUUUGUUAUUAUUUACUAAUAAUGUGUUGUAAAUUACAUGCAACUUUUUUUCAUGGAACUCAAAAUUUAACAGAGUAUAUGUACUACCCUAUAUAACAUACUUUCCAGAAUAUAGUACGUAAAAGGUCUAAACCAGGGGUGUCCAAUCUUUUCCACAAAGGGGCAGUGUCAUUCGAACCAAUCAAGGGUCACACCUGAUAGUCUUUGAAAAUGAAAAUCAUUAGAAUUAAACAGGUAGAAUUCGAUGUAGACUUGCUUGGUUUGAAUGAAAACCUGCUCUCACACUGGCCCUUUGUGGAAAAGAUUGGACAUCCCUGGUCUAAUCAUUAAUGCCACCACAUAAGCUUUUUUGUGAUAAUGUAAUAGUGUAUAUUUUGAAGGUCACAGGUAUGUAAUAAUUGAAUAACAGAAAAAUAGCCAUUUAAUUCCUGGAAUGAUAUAAAAUGUUACUUAGGAUAAGUUCUGAUGAGAGCUCUCAUCUGAAAAUCUGAAUUACUAAAAUGUAACUAUUACAUAACUGAAUUUUUACAAUAAAAUAGUUGGUCUUUUA